GUUUCAGUUCGGAAAAUACCAGCGGACUUCUCCUUUUUUCACCAACUCAGAUCAGAUGUACAUAUAGGACCUACCAACUAUUUAAUACAUAGUCAAAGGUAGCACCUGUAAUUAGGUUUUUCGAGCGAUCUCCACCCAACAAAAGUCUAAAUAAAAAGUGUGACACAUAUAUACAGUGGCGGUAUCACAACCUAAAAAAACGAAAAUUAUAAUAAUUAUGCCUAUAUUUGAAUAAUUAGUGCGCUGCACCCGUAACCUAGUAGUACAAGUACAAAGUAUUGCAUAAUUCAUGACCUAUUGUGACGUACUACUGGUGAUGCCAUAAUUUCCUGUUUUCGGGAUGUACCAUACUACUACGCCGAUAUCGCGGCGACGUGCGUCAUCGCAUGCUCAGUUCGUCGGUCUCGACUCUGUGCAGUUUGCACAUGGAGGAAGGAAAAUAAGGGGGUGAAAAAAAAAUAGCAUCUAUGCCUAAGUUUUACUUAAGCUUCGAAGUGAGACGCUUUGGUUAACAACAUGGAGCAUCAGACCAAAGUACCCUCGGAAGGCCAAACCACAACGCUGAACCCAAACACCAACAGUAGCUUGUCUACAGAGCCCUCACCAGUCCAUCAACCCAACAACAUGACCGGCGUCGUGUCUAGCGUGACCUCUACCCAGGGUGCAUCUUACCCCCCUGGCCCCCCGAUGGUGUCCCAACAAUACAUGGUUAUGAUCCAGAACCCCACCGGCAUGCUGCCUGAUUUCAACGUGCGUGGGGCCUACAUGACGGCCCAUCUGCAGAUCAUAUGUGGGAUCCUGUCGGUCAUGCUUGGAAUCAUUGCGAUAGUAAUCGAGUCGGAAGAUGCGUAUAUUGGUGCCCCCAUCUGGACUGGCAUAUUUUUCUUUAUGUCAGCUGGGUUGACUGGAGAGUUUGCUGCCAAGAAAAGACAGAACUGUCUGAUCACAGGAUAUCUAGUCUUGUCCAUCUUAUCGGCCGUGGCAGCGUUUCAACUGCUAUCCCUCAUGGCUUCGUUCACUGCUUGGGAGUUUGGAGCUCUCUACUCUUCAACCCUUCUUAGAGGUCGAGUUGCUGUAGAUGCGCUGACUGCCGUCAUUGCUCUUCUUGAGCUUGGUGUCUCCAUCGUAGCGUCUGUCAUCUCAUGCCGUGGGACUUGCUGCCAAACUUCAACUGGCUCUUCAAUGACGGUUCAGUACCUGCCUGCCGUGCCAAAUGGUGGGACGAGUGUCUUACAGAAUGAGCACGGGCACUUUGUGCAGGGACAACCCAUCCAAGUUACCACCUGCAACUCGGGUCAAGUAGCCUAUCAGGUACAACCUUGUCCCAUGUCCCACCCACCGCAACCCUUGCCUCAAGCCCAGCAGUCCGGGGCUUAUAUACCCCCGUACCCCAGUAUGGAGGACAGUGGCACCCAGUUGGAGGAUACUGAAAAUGAUCAGGUCACAGGUAUGGAAAAGGUGCCCCUGGUGUGAGUUACAACGAAGCAAGAUUGAGAGACUCGUAGUUGAUGCUGUCUGCAAAAAUUAACCCAGACUCUUCUGGGAAGCUGGUUGAACAGAGGUUUUUUAAACAAAGUUUGUGAUGUCUCGAAGUUGAAAUUAGAUAUAAAAAAAAAGUACUAUAUAAUUUGGGGUAACCGACAUAUUAUUUAAAAAAAAAAAUCCCUAAAUCAAUCAUAGGCUUUUCGAUGCAAAAGUACAGUCGGGAACUUGCGUCGAUAUGCAGACAUGGUUAGGAUCACAGAUUUGCAAAACACUUUAUGAUAAAGAAUGAAGGAAUACCAAGCCAUCACUUUUCGGCUGUGCAUGUACUCUAUUUCACGCUCUGCUCGGAAGGGUGUUCUCAUAGUCCUAGACUGAACUUCAUUUUGUGUGCAUGUUGUAUGUUAUUCACCAAAGUGAACACUCAUGAAUUUCCUCACACUAUUAAUGUCAAUCCUGUCAUGUGCAAAAAGUGAGUUGAUGCCAACCUCCGCUUUCCGUGUAAUUUACUCUGUAAGCUUUGUCAAUGCGUGUUCUAAACGUCAGAUAUGUUGGAGGAUUUUCUCUAAGGCACUUUUUGGAAAGAAACAAUUUUUGGUGUAAAAAUGCGGGGAAAACCCAGCACACUGCAGUGAAAGUGAAUUUGUAUAUUUUGGAGUACGACAAACUUGUCUGUGUUUGCACAACUCGUCUAUAAAAAUAACCAAAGUAAAUGUACAUGUACUAUUGGUGGUUGCCUAUACACCUAAUCAAUCUUGUCAAUGUUUUCUUGCCAUAUUUGCUUUUCUUUUCUUCCCAUGAAUUUUGAAACAAACUCUAUUGAAUUUGUUUUGGUUCUUUAAAAUUACCCAAACUAAUGUAGGUACACAAUCUUUUGUGAUUCACUUCAUUUAGACGUACUGUAUUCAGAAAUGUAAUACAUGGUAUUUAUAUCAUUUGGCAGCUCUUCACAACUUACCAAAGGUUUUCAAAGUUGAUCGUUUAUGUUUGUAAAUAGUGGUUAUUUAUUAAGUGUAGUAACACAAACUCGCCUUUUACAUACCCUUGCCCAUUAUAGUGUAUUCUCUUGACAUUUCACAGUACUUCAGAACUUAUCUAUAUACAAUGUAAAAGCUUGCCAAAGUAAGUUUUAAAAAGCUACGUCUCCUUCAUUAAAACAAAUACAAAAGAAUGUAUUAAAAACUAUUUAAGUACUUUUUUUUAAAGAUAAAAUGUGCAUUUAUAUUAAUUGUUCAGAGAACACGAAACUAGGUUUUUUUUAAUAUGUAUUUUGUUUUGGUUGGGUUUCUGAGUACAACUUCGAAACUUUACUGUCAUCACUUUGAAUUUUCAUACAUUUUUUAAAGUUAAGUGUUUAACGAAAGUACUAUACUACAGGGUACACGUGAAAAGUUCAUUUGCAAAAGCAGCAAAAUGUGUUUAUCAAUUUUCAACUUUUGAGAAAAUAUGCUUGAAAACAACACAGAACCCAUUACUUGUGCACAAAUGUGGACUGCCCCUUACAUCAUAUCUUGAGGACUCUUGAACAAUUUCAUUUAAAAAAGAAUUAAAAUUGUUCAGGAAUAUUAUUUUAUUUUGGCAAAUAUUUUUUUCUCCAUUUUUGUCAAACUGGCCCUUGUCUGCUUUUGAAAAUGAACCCUUCAUGUAUGUGAUCUGAGGCUGUGGCAUGUUACCUGUUUAGAGAAAAGAAAACAUGGAGUGAAGUACAUGUAUAUUACAACUUGUGCAUUACAUUUAUAGGUGUUAUUACUUUUAUUCAUGCAGAGUGCAUGUAACUUAUCCAAAUUUGUUAAUUUUGUGGAUCUUAAAUAGUGCAGCUCAUUGUUAAUGUGCAAUAUCUGUGAUUCUUUGUGUAUUUGUGUGCAAUUUAUUUGAUUCACCCCCAUCCACUUGCCUCUCUCCACCCAGGAGUAUAAAUGGGUACCGGCAUUAGCUGGGGAGUAACCUGCGAUGGACUAGCAUCCCGUCCAGGGGGAGUAGAAAUAUUCUUAGUCGUUUCAUGCUACUGAAACCGGAGAUAAAUGCCGGCCUGAUGAGCCACAUUGGCUCGGGACAGACUUUACUUUACUACUUUAUUUGAUAAAAAAAAAACUAAACUGAAUUUGAUCAGACCCUGCUGGUCUAAAAAAAGUACUUUAGCACUUCUCCCCAAAACUUUUGUGAAAGCAUUUUCACUUGUUGCAAUAGUACUACAGGUUUGCCAAAAAGCUUUUUGUUUUGUACGUAUACAUACAUGUGUAUACGUGUUCGUGGUCAGUAUUGUAUUGAAAGGGUUUAAUAAAGUUUGCCAAUGUCAUACAA